CUUGACCACUUGUCUACUUACAUGACGUAUUUCCUGUGUUUGACCCAUAUGUUCAGCUGCGCAUGAAGAUCUAUGAUUCUUGUUUUACAUCACGAUCUAAAGAAGAAGUUCAUGAUUGUUCUCUUAAGGGUACAACAGAGCAGAGAAUAAAACCUUAUAGGGGUCACAACAGCCUACAGCAGCUCUGUCUGUGUGAGUUUAAGCAGUUGCAGUGUAUUUUAGGAAGUGACGCUACCACCCACCAUCAGGAAAUGGACUGUUUCUUUUAGUAGAUAAGCUAUAGACCGAGAACGGAGGCUAACGGAAAGCCACUGUGGGAAGGUGCAGCCACUAUACAGCACCUGAAGCAAGGCACUGUUUAUUACGACCUGGGAGUCUUAUCACAAGAAACAAGAACAACCUGGAUACUCCACAAUGUGUGAGGUGUUAAUUGUUCAUACCAGUGAAGCCAGGGAAUGGGCCGAGUAUCUACAGCAAAUCUUGGCGGCAUCAUGUAACUUUCCAGAGGGCUCUGUCAUUCUGUAUGAUGUGAAUGAAGAGAUGUGGAUGAAAAACCAUGAGCUGUUUGGCUCCAGCAAAUGCAUCAUGCUUUUGCUGUCUGAUGCGUUGCUGGACAUGCAGCAAGACCCAGAGGCGCAGGACACUUUCCGGGAUCUUCUUCAGCCUCCAUUCAAAGUUGUUGCCUUUUUGUGUGGUGUAUCAGAAGGGCAAGUGCCAGUUGACUAUUUUGAAUACUGGGAGUAUUGGAGAAAGCUCAAUUCAGAAGACGAACCAUCAGUAUAUGUGUCUACUGUCCUUGAGUGUAUUAAUAAUGGAUGUGUUAGUGAAAACCAUUGCCAGAAUCCAUAUGAAAUUGAACUAGAAGAACGAAUGAAUGAGUUCACAUUAUCAGAGAUUCCCGAGAUUUUACCCGAUGAGACGGAACAGAUUCAGUUGAAUGGGAAUGAUGUUUGUCAUACUGAGCAAACUUCUUCAAAUGCCACGGAGCCACAAGAUGACCAAACUUGUCUCACCGUCCAACCAGACAGAAUACUCUGUGGGAAUCGUGUGAAUAUUUAUAUAAUCACGGUAAAGAAAAUUGUGGAUGAGGGCAGACUGGAGGUGGAGUUUCACUCUCAAUACUCGACACCUCAGCGGAUGCCUGGGACUCUUGUAAAUGAGUACAUUGUUACUGUACAGUCACCUGAUAUGCCAGCUGGGAAAGUCUCAUUGACUCUUUAUCAAAAUGAAUCUGUGGUCUGUUCAACAACUGUAACAUAUUACACAGAAAUGGAGGACAUUUGCAGGUGUCUAAAGAAAGCAAUGGAUCCAAUGCAGUUCAUGUGUCAGGCAUUUGAUAUCACAUCAAAGGUGCCCGAGUCAUUGGAUAAUUUGCUUGCAGACUCUCUGGAAGAACGGAUGCCUCUAAAUGGAUUACAAGUAUUUGGAAUUAGUCAAAUUGCAGAUAACACACCAGCGGAUCACCGUAAUGUGGAACUUCCAACACUGCUUCACUUCUCAGCCAAGUAUGGCUUAAAAAAGUUAACAUCUUUGUUAAUGCAGUGCCCUGGAGCCAUGCAGGCCUACAGUGUGAUGAACAAAGAUGGUGAUUACCCUAACAAACUGGCCGAGAAGAGUGGCUUCUCCGAUUUAAGACAGUUUAUGGACGAAUAUGUUGAGACAGUAGAUUUAGUGAAGACCCACAUGGAGGAAUCUCAGAACACCUCUGGCAGCGAGGAUAUCUAUGAGGACAUGUUGACGGCUUCCCAAAAUUUCAUCACAAAUUUCGAUAAUGAAGACAUUUACGAGUCUAUGAUGAAACUAAAUCCUGACAUGGAUGAUGACCUGGAAAGUGCUCUGGAGGACUGUAACUCGGAGACAAUGCUGAGAAAGUUUUUUGAAGCACAACCUGACAAGAGUUUACAGUCCUUUGAACAUACUUCAACCAAUGGUGGAUUACCUGAAAUGGAUGAUGCAGAUUACCAUGACCUUAAUGCGGAAAUCUAUGGGGACGUAGAAGAAGAGGACCCGUAUAAUCCGUGCUGCCCUGAUCAAAUUUAUGACACGGUGGAGCCACAAUCCACCCCAGAAAUAAUCAACCGCCCACCAGCGCCGAUUCCACGACCAGCCAGCCUGCCAGAGCCUGAAGAGAACACAACCUACAUUUCCAAAGUUUUUUGUCUCAAGGAACCUGUAUACUCACUCAGUCAGCGGCCAGAAAGGGAUUCCUCUUUAGCUCCUGUACGGCUGGUGAGAGACAGAGACAUGAGCAGUCACCAUGACCCCUUUGCAGGUAUGAAGACCCCGGGACAGAGGCAGCUCAUCUCUCUGCAAGAGAGGGUGAAGGUGGGUGAGCUGACUGUGGAAGAGGCAGUGCAGGAGUUCAAGGCUUGGCAGUUUGAUCAAGAUAAAAGAUGGCGCUCUCUCCGCUUUCAGCAGGAAAAUUUACAAAGAUUAAGAGACAGCAUUACUCGACGCUGUAGAGGCAAAGGGACAAAUGAGCUUAUGAUUACAGCGCCCAUGCAAACAAACGUUCAGUGGGGUUCUCAAAUGAACGUGAAUUGCUCAGUGUACGAACCGGCACCUCGUUCGAUUGCCCAACCCCCUCCUGUUAGUAGACCGCUGCAGAGAGGAAGCUGGCAGACAGGAAGCACCUCCAGCACUUCUAGUAGUAGCAGUCACAGAUUGAGCAUUCAGAGUACUGUCAGCAACAGCAGUGGGGUGGAAGGAGAAUGUGAGGAGCCUCUGGAUAUUCCACUUCCUCCGCGGCCUCUCCGGCCCGUAGUGGAUACUCCACCGGUACUCCCUCCACCCAGGGUCCCACCACGGGUAAUAGAGAGGAAUCCAGAGAUACUAAACGAGCGAUAUGUAUCAACUCCAUCCCGUCCUGUUCAUCAGACGCCUGCACAAAGGCCCAUGCCGCCUCCACCUAUACCGAGACGCACAUGGUGACGGCCUGCUUCAACAUGGCUGGCUUUCAUUCUGUUUGACUCUGCACUUUUCUUGUUGAGCCUUUGAGAUCUGUAGUCUCUUCAAGGUGGAACAAAAGGUACUAGUUUUGUCCAAAACUGAAGACAGCUGCUUUGCUGCCCUGUCAGUCAAUGACCUUACAGAGGUUUUGUAUGAAGGUGCCUCUUAAGGAAACUGGUUUGCCAUUUAUAUUUACCAACUGCCAUCUACGUAGCACAGAGUAUAUUAUGCAAACAUCAGUUUCAGAAGUCUUGAAGCUAUCCUAUUUUUCAUAUACUGCCUGUGGUUUCAGUAUCCAGUGUUCCUCAAGGGUUUUGAUCUAGACUCAACUUGCAACGCAAACAAUCACCUUAGUUUAUAGUUAUUAAAUUAUAAAUCUUCAGCUGAAGAUAUGCAAUAUGUUGGAGGGGUCUUUUCAUAUGGUCACUUGUUUGCAAUAUAGCCAUUUGGUUUGUGCUCUCUGAGUCCCAUCAGUAGCAAAUAGCAAACUCAAUAAUUUGCCUACAUUUGUUGUAAUCCAAACUUUUUUUCUAUUUGAAAUAUAGAUUGUGUUGGCUGGGAUUGGUCAUGCGAUGAUGAGAUAUAAAGCUGAAUAGUUUUAUGCGUUUUAAAAGUAUUUAUUGAUGUAUUCACUUUUUAUUGCUGGCUAUGAUAUAUCACCCAAAGAGAAGCAGAGAAAGAGAGUAUUUAAAAGCAUGAAAAGUGUGAAUGCACAGUGUGAAAAUGGCAGAUGUGUGGUUUGUGUGUGUACAGUGUUUGUUUGUGGGUGUGUUCAUGUUUGUUAGAUCAUGAAGACAAAACUGAUUAAAGUCAUGAUUAAAUGGA